GAAAAAAGGGACGUGCUUUCUUAUUGGCGGCAUCAUGACGUCGGACGCGGGCCAUAGUAUCGCCUCGGUCCGUUGAUGGGUGGCGCGGGGGAGGCGAUGGAGUUGUUCUCCUCCGUCAGCGGCGGCAGUGAAAGCUUCGCCGGGAUGACGGAGGCGGCUGUGUCGGACGAGUGGGAGCAUGUUGAGCGGCCGCACCUGGCGGAGGAGGGGAAUGCUGUAUUCCCACCCAAUCUCCACGAGGGUCUCGACCUCCACCCUCACGCGCACCUUGGCGUCGAGAUGUCGGCUUCUGCGGUAGAGAACGAGGAGAAGAUAGAGGAGGAGGAGGAGGAAGAGAGAGCUGUGAUGCAGCGGUGUGCUUUGUCGGGUUCGGGAAGGAGGUCUCUUGAAACGGGGCUCGAGAUGGUGUGCUCGAGGAUUCCUCUUUGGAGAGGAAAAGGGAGCGGUUGGAGUGGAGGUGAAGGCUGGUGGCUCGCCGCCGUAGCCGGGUUCGCAGGGCUCAUGAUGUACCUGAGUCGGCGACACCGGAGGGAGAAGGAGCUCCUCCUCCUGCUCAACAAGGACAAGGAUCAGAGGAUAAGCCAGCUCCUGAAUCAAAUUGCACUGAUGAAUGAAAUGGUGGCUGCACGUCGUCGAGUUCCAGUUAUGAGGCGCCUGUGAUGCAAUAUUAGCUGCAGUCAUUCGACACUUAAAAGUCAAUCUCACCAUGAAAUCGAAAACCUUGUGUCAAAAGCUUCAGGGUUUGACCAGCCAACAUGUAUGUAUAGUCUGCAAGUCCUAUCAAUGCCAUCCUGUAAACAGCUUGUUGAGAUCAAUAAGCUCAUGAAAAAGCUUCAUUCCAACC